AUCAAAAGUCAGCAACCUGCAAGACUCAACUGUGAAAUCGGCUUAAGUAAAAAGCGGCAUAAAUGGGUGGGAGGCCUCAUAUUGCCGAAUUCAUCGAGAAAGAUGCAAUAAACGAGAUUUAUGAAAUUUCAAAUCGGUAAAUUGUGUGAUUACUCCUAUCAAUAACAGUCUGUGUGAUAAACUUUAGCAAUUAAGCGAAUUGUGAAGAAUUUUUCGUGACUAUUGUGGUUCGCAUAAUAAUUGAAAACGUGAAUGGUUUUAAUAAGAUUUUGAAUUUCUUCAACAGUUUAAAUUUGACUACAGUGCGCAGAAGAAUUGACAAAAAUGGUGAUGGUUUAUGGUUUGUUGUAGUUGCCUUGUGUUUUUAAAAUUAAGUAUUUCGUAUAAAAUGAUAAGAUGGUUGAUAGAAACGAAAAAUUUUUAAGUGAACUAUUAAAAUACCCGGGAAAUAGUGUUUGUGUGGAUUGUGAAGCUAAAAAUCCAGAAUGGGCUUCAUACAACAUAGGAAUUUUUGUUUGUACCCGAUGUUCUGGGGUACAUCGAAGUAUGGGUGUUCACAUAAGUAAAGUUAAACACCUAAAAUUAGACAGAUGGGAAGAUUCCCAAGUUGAGCGUAUGACAGAGGUAGGCAAUACAAAAGCUAAAUUGAAGUAUGAAGAAAGGGUGCCACCUUGUUAUAGGAGACCAAAAGAAAAUGAUCCUCAAAGUUUGAUUGAACAGUGGAUAAAAGCUAAAUAUGACAGAGAAGAAUUUUGUCACCCAGAGAGGCAGAUUUAUACCAGUGGUAAUAUGCAAGGUUUUCUAAUGAAACGCGGAAAAGAAGACAGCAAAUAUCAACCAAGGAAAUUUGUGUUGUGUGAGGCUGACGAUACGCUCAAAUAUUUUGUAAGGGAAAACAAGGAACCGAAAGCAGUACUUCGAAUAUCUGAAUUAAAUGUUGUGUUUGCACCAGAAAAGAUAGGGUAUCCAAACUCUUUGCAGCUCACUUUCUUAAAAGACGGAACCACACGCCACAUUUACGUAUACCACGAAGAAUCAGAAAUAAUAGUAAAUUGGUACAUGGCGAUUCGAUGUGCUAAACUUCACAGACUUCAAGUGGCAUAUCCUUCAGCUAGCGAAUGCGAUUUAGUCAAUUAUUUGACAGAGGAUUUUGCCAAAGAGGGUUGGUUAUGGAAGACGGGUCCAAGAACCUCUGACGGAUUCAAAAAAAGAUGGUUUACAUUGGAUAAUAGGAAGUUGAUGUAUCACGAUGAACCGUUAGAUGCUUAUCCGAAAGGAGAAAUAUUUUUAGGUCACACGCUGGAUGGUUACAGUAUAAGAAUAGGAGUUUCACAGGGAGUCAAAGAUCAAGGAUUCUCCUUUUCUCUUACGACACCCGACAGAAUUUAUAAUUUAUCUUCACAAAGUGAACAUGAUCGAGACCAUUGGAUUGAGGUGAUACAAAGAGUUUUGAACAGACCUCUAACACCACAAGAUUCCGCAAUUUCCGGACGGCUGAUACGUAAACGAGCCAAUACAAAUUCAAUCAACAUAUUUUCCCAAAGGUAGUUAAGACUUGUAUAUAAACAAGUAAUGUUUCUAUCGACCUAGUCUUGUAUUAAUAAUUAUCAUUAUAAUAAGCCUAUAUCACAUGAUUACUCACUUAAAUACUCAAAUUUACUGGUAAUUGUUGUUUCACCAACAAUUAUUAUUAAUAUCCAUAUAAAUAAAAUUUUUCGUGAGGGAUCAUCGUUGAAAAUCAAAUGGUUUUGUUAUUUUUUUCAAAAACAGUUCAUUAAAUGUGACAUGUCAGUAGAGUCUACCAAGCCUCAAAAUAGCCAGCAGGUAUAUUUCUGGCUAAACAAGUAUUUACAAAUGAAACAAAUUUUUUGUUUUUCAUAAAAUUUUCCACUAAGAUUAAUAAUACACUUUUCCGUGUGUUGGAAUCAAUUAUAGAAAUACUUCCCCUAUUCUUAUCUGAAAAAAAGGUUUCUUCUUGUGUCGAUCAUCAUUGACCACUAAACAAAAAGAAUUCAGAGGGUACCAAAUAUUUGUGGGAGAGCUUCUCUAUUAGUUUAACAUGAUCUGUAAUGCCACAGGCAAUAAUUUGCAUCGAAGUGCUUCUGUUUGACUCAAAAUAAAUAAUUCGUCAUCUAUGAAGAUGUUACAUAACUUUUGAUGCACAUUUAGGAAUUUUUUUCUUCAUUUCUUUUGAGUAUUGUUCAGAUUCUUUACUAAUAGCCACUCAUUAUAACCCUUAAUCCUUAUACCAAUACUGUAUAAUGAACUGCAAUUUUUAAAUUCACCACAAACAACCCUAAAUCUCAGUGUUCAGAUUAGAUGUAUCCCAAAGGAUCUAUUGUGUCCCCUUCUCUUAUUGGAGCACUGGGUAUGUUCAGUGUUUAUGGUUGAUCUAUUAAUUCCACUCUUUUUAGAAAGUUCAGAAUGUGGGAUAGCCACUGCCAAAUUUGAUAUUUGAGAGAUUAGUAUGACCAAAACAUUGCCCGGGUAAGUAGAAAAAUAGCUGCCUUGAAAAGUAGUGUCCCAUCAAUGUCUAGGACUGUGCUAAGAGCUGUAGCAUAUUCACAUUUCUGUCAAACCCAAUUUUUUCACAUAUAUGUUGACCUUUAGAAGGUUAGUGUGACCAAAACCAUGCCCGAGUAAGUGGAGAGAUAUCCUUCUUGAAGCUAUCUUGAAAAGUAGUGUCCUAUAAAUUCUCUACAAAGAGCUGCAGCAUAUUUAUAUUUCUGUCAAACCCAAUUCUUUUACAAAUAUGUCGACCUUUGAAAGGUUAGUUUGACAAAGACCAUGCUUGGGUGAGUGGAAAGCUGAUCUAUUUGAAGCUGUCUUGAAAAAUAGCAUCCAUCAAUGCUCUAGGAAUGUAUGAAAAACUGUAACACAUAUGUUCAACCCAUUUCUAGCAAACGGGGAUACACCAAAUUUUUCGAAUGCACUUAUAAACCUUUACCAUCUCAAUCUAGGACUAUAUAAAUAAAAUAGUCCUAUAAAAGUACAUAUUUCAAUAUUUUAGAAUGUCCUUACAGAUUGGUACCGGAAGGCUGAUUUUUUUACAAUUUUUUUGAUGAAAAUCUGUUGCCUAAUGUGUAGUUUUUGUUCCCAUUGGGUUAUAUUCUGAAUUUUUGUCAGUUUCCAAUCUAUUGUUCCACAUCUGAUGCAUUGUUUACUAUUAUUACAUUCACUAUUACACCUACUGGUCCUUCGAUCCGGAAUUAACGACCUGCGGAAGGCUCGAAGGACCAGAUAAUGUAAUUGUAAAUGUUAUUGUAGGAACAGUCUGAAUAUCUAGAAAUUUCAAUUUAAGAUUUGAUAUAAACCCUUCUACUAUAAUUUUAUCCACAAUAUUUGAUCCCCGAUCAAUAGUUUUGGAAAGAGAAAAAAGUGAUGUAUACUUCAUUCUAUAUUUAAAAAAGUUAUAAAUAAUUUUAAACUUUAUUAAAUCCAUUGUUGAUGUUGAUAUCAGUAUUUUUAACAAAAAAUCAUGUGAAAUUUAUAGAAUCAUAAAGUAUAGUGUUUGAGCCAUUAUUUUUUCUCAAUAUACAUUUUAUUUAAUAUAUUUACACAUUUUGGAGUGCUAUUAACGUUUACCUCACUCUAUUGAUCAAUAUUUGAGGUUUUAACUCAGAAUUAUACAUAAUAUGCCUAAAACUUCAUUUUGGUUUUUCAAAAAUUGUCUCAAUAACUUCUUGAGACAAUGGUCAAAUAUCACUAAAAUCUUGCAACUAUCUCGUUUCCCUUGGCUCUAAUACUAUUUAAAUUUAUGGGAAUUAAUUUAGACAAUGAAUUUUUUUUUAUAAAUCAAAGCGUUUUUGAUAUAAAGAACAAAGAAGGCGCAGCUUUUAGCUAUUAAAAAAUAAAAAAUAUGUGGUCAUAAAUAAUUUGAACUUUUUAUUAAUUAUUAUGUUUAAUAAUAUUCUCAAUUUUCCAAAUAGUAUUAAAGUUAUGUGAAUGACAAAUUUUUGUGACUGAGGUAAUUUUUAUAAUUCCAAAAUAAAGGUCUAUACAAAUUUUGACCUUUACGACUGGACUACUUUUCCAUAAUUGAUUUAAACUUUCCGUUUUUGGAAUAUAGUUAAAAAUAAGCUAAAUAAACACUUUUUUAUAUUUUUUUUGUGAGAUAUUCAAGAUAUUUAUUUUUUAUAACUAAAAAAUAUCUGAUUUUUGUUUAUUUUCACGAAUAUUAAAUGGAACUUUUGAAAAUUUACUUACAUUAGGUAGCGUUUGUUUAUUUGACUUUGAAAUAAUGAGUAUUAUACAGUUUCGGUGAAUCAAGUUGUGCGAAAUAAAAAAUUUUUCUUAUUUACAUUUGGAUUAGAAUUCAUUAAAGAUUUUAUACGAAAUCAAAAAUCUGUUUGGUUUCACAUUUAUAUUUAACCCUUUUCUGUUUUUUCGCCUUCUGGACUUAUUCGAGAUAUGAAUUUUCAACAUUUUAACAAUAAUAGUUGAAACAGCCCUAUUCGUAUGUAAAAGGUACAUAUGACUAAAUGGAUUAUGUCCCUGUGGUAUCGAAAGGGUUGCAGUUGAAAAAUUUUGCUUUGUGAAUUUUUGUUUCCAAUGUUGAGAAUGUUAAAAUAAAAUCGAAACUACAAACUUGCAACUUGUUGAUAAAAAAAAUGUAUUAACAGCUUUAAAACGUUCUUGUUUUCUUGAGAUGACUAUGUAUAAUGUAAUCUGUUAUCUUAUCUAGUUAUAAGACUCUUUUGGCUUGAUAAGUCAAAAACCUUUUUAUUUUGUAAUAUUUAUAACCAUAUUUCUAUUUCAUUUGAUGAACCGAUCUAAUAGAUCGGUUCAUCAGUUAAAAAUGGACGUGUAUAUUUUUCUACAGCAUGUUUUUUUUUUGAUGGGAGUGUAUUUUUAAUAUGAGCUAUUAGUAGCACAAAUUUAUGUAUUAUUUCAAUCUGAUCUUGAAGAAAUCUUUUUCAUAAUAAACAAUAUGGAACAACUAAAAGGUUGUAACGAUAACCCACAAUGAAAGUUUUUGGUUACUUCACCCAUACACACAUCAAAUCAGCUCCUAAUCUUAUGGUAUUUAAAAAUCUAUUGCUUUUUGUAACUAAUUUUAAUUUUUCAUAUUCCUGUCUUAGUUUUAAAUAAAGUAUACAACGGUAUCAACUCCCUAUGUCUAUGGAAUACCCCAAUACACUUGAUUUUGACCAAUAACUUUUCAGCCACUAAUAGUGUAUAAUUUUCAUCAAAAAUAAAACAUUAGUGAUCGAAAGCUUGGAAUAUAUGAGGAGAUACGAGGUGUAACCAAUUUUUGCAGUGAAUAAAAUUUUUAUUAACCCCCUUCAAAGUACUACCCUUGGUUAGCUAUGAUUCCAUAGCUAAAAGACUUCUUACUGAAUAUCAGCUCUAUUGUAGGCUUCCCAAUAUCAGAAAUGUUCCACUUUUUUUAUUUUCGAUGUUAGAAGUCGCAUGUUGCUAAAUCUGAUCCAUUGAAUGGAUUUUGGUAGUUUUUUUUCAACUAACAAUAAGCAAUAAACCAUUAAUUCGAUCCAUCAUCGGACUCAACGUUUUCAGAUCUGCACCCCUACAUAGAGCAAAUGUGAUAACUGCGAGAAUUACUAAUUUUUUUAUUCAUUGUAGCUUGAAUGUCAUUUACGUUAACAAAAGUAUUGACCCUUUGGUACUCCAUGGAGUAUUAGGUACUCUUAAGCAAUUUAUUGUAAUUUACCAAUUGCACAGAGUACAACCUAUAAGAUAUCCAUUCUUCAAAGCAAGAUUUGUAUCACUGAACUUCUAGAAUUUUAGUUUAUACUUCAUGGGAGAUGCAGUCAUAUGCUCAAGAUAAAUCACAUAAUGUAGAGCCCGCAUGGCAACUACCAGUCACAUACUCCAGAAGACCCACCAUGGCUAAAACUUUACGAAAACCAAAUUGUAAAGUUUUCUUUCAAUAGCAACUCUAAGAUCUCUGGAUCGGAAAUAAGAAUAUAAAUUAGUAAAUUUUUUUUUCGGGUUACCUAGGAAUUCUACUAAAAAAUGCUCCUUUCAGACCCAUAUGUUACUAUUUCUGUUUUUUUUUGUUGAAAAUAAAGCCAGGAAAUAAACAAAAUUUGUUUAUUGUAAUGAUAAUUUUAUUUAAAAUAAACUAACCCAACUAGUUUUUCUCAAAAUUAUUUGUUGCCUAAAGACCAAUGGGCAACUUGAAACCCCAUUUCAAUAUUAAAAAAAGGUCCUUUUGCUCACACGAAUAAUUUUUUUUUUCUUUCAAAAUUCAUUUCGAUACAAUGAAACAAAUUAUAUUAAUGUUUAUAAUAAAGUCGUAAAUGCAUGUAUUGUCGCUAGUAUUAGUUUUUAUUUAUUUUGUAUUCAAAUAUGGCGUUAUAGAAGCGCACCAUUAAUCAAAUCGAAAGAUCAUACAUAUUCUUCAAGGUGGCUUAUAUUUAAAAUGCAUACAAGAUGGUCCAGAAUUAAAUACAUCAACUACUUAAACUAGGAUACUAUUUUUUAUAACCCAUUCGAAGGAUGCGUUGAGAACCUUAUUGUGUCAAAUAUCUUCAGAACUGUAUUGAUUACAGGGUUUAUAAGACGUUUGGAUAAAUAAUUCUAUAUUACCACCUCAUACUGUAGAAAUAGUACUGGGUGGUAUAUUUCAAACAUUGUUUUCUCAGUGUUUUAUCUUUAGAAAAAUUUUCAAUUAUUCAAACUCGAAAAUUAACAUAUAUUUUACAUCAAAUAAUUUCCUAUUUAGAGUUAGGCAACAUGGCACGAAUGUAACCCAGACAGAGAUACAACCUCUUGGAACCAACGUCAUAGUUAAGCGAUUCCAAGUGUCCCUUAGACACUUGAAGUUCCAUUAAGGGGUUAAUACGCAUAAUUAAAUAUUGUUUUCUCUCGUUUCCUUUAUUAUAUAAUAGUGUUACAAAAAAAGAUAAUCUCGAAUUGGUAAAUAUAAAUGAAAAAGUUCAAAAAGGUUUGUAAAGAGGAAGGUAGCUUUUAUCGUAAUUUACCUCCUUUGAAUAAAAAAAAUUGAAUAAAACAAACAAAAUGGCGGCCGUUGAAAAAAAGUUGUUCCAUGGCAAUUUUUUUAAAUUUCUUUACAAUUUUUUAGUAAAUUACAGUAAAAUACAACAAAUCAAAUAAUUUAAAAAAUCUGUCGAUUGUAGAGCACUGAAAACGCGUGCGCACUCGAACUAUUAUUUUCUCAUUAUUUCGAAUUUCACUAUGAAAGGAUUCGAAAAAUGUAAAAAAAUAAAUUUUUUGAAAAUUAUAACCGGUACUAGUUCCUUAACGUAUCAAAUAAAUUACUUUUAUACUGAUGUGACUCUAACGACCAUAAAUAUAAUUAUUUAUAGCUUUUAUGUACAAUAUAAUUUAGUAUUUAAGGCGGCUUGUACAUCAGAUACGAGGUUUUUAAUAGUUUGACAUUCGUCGAAUUGUUUUUUACAAAGUAGUUUUAUAUGGUCAACUAUCAUUGGUUAGCAGGAAGAUACAUUUCAGUGGCAUAAAAUUAAUCAUCCUAACGUCUUAUGAACAUCCCAAAAAAUAAACAACAGAAAACAAAACUUUUUGUCGGUUAUUUAAAAAAAUACCCCCAAACAUACCUCCCUUAUUAUUCAAUUUGAAAAAAAAAAUAUGUAAUUCUAGACCACCUUGUAUAAAUAAAUAUUUUUAAAAUAUUUAUUUCGGAAUUGUAUAAACUUACCACAAACGAUUCUGAAAUCAAUUACAAAUAUAUAUAAAACGUAUUUAUAGUUUUUCAUAUUUGCUCAGCAAUAAAUUUUUUUUAAAAA